AUGAUGUCAAACACAAUACACACUUCGUCCAUUCGCUCGCCACCUCCCCAGGAUAUGAUGGAGCCCCUCACCAAUAGCGAUACCUGUCCGGGUAUACACUAUCUUGACGUACGAUACUACGCCGAAUACAUUGGCUCGACGAAAAGUGUCAUCACGAGGAUGGUGAACCGGGCCAAAGCUUCUACAACUCAAGAUACAAUAUAUGUGAAAUUCACGAACGUAUCACCGGAAAUCGCCAGAAGUACGGAUAUUAAGGCCACUCGAAACUUCUACGAUUUGCAGACACGUCGCAUGAUCAUUACCAUUACUGGAGGCCCACAUGAGCGAGUGACUAGAGAGUGGGACUUUGUUCUGAGAACCCAAGCGAUAGCCUCAAACUUGGCCGUCGUGUCUGAUGGAUCUGCUCGUAUGGCUGGACAUUCGAGUCACAAAGAACCUGACUCACAAUAUAUGCCAGAAGAUGACAUUAGUGGUUGGCCAACGGUGGUAUUAGAAGUUGGAUAUUCCGAAUCCCCGGGCAAACUGAAAUGUGAUGCAGCAUGGUGGUUAGCUAAUUCAAAUGGAGAAGUCAAACUGGUCAUUACUAUCGCAAUCGACAAAAGACAACCACAGAUCACGAUUGAGUGUAUUGUGCUAGAUAAUUUUAUCUUGCCGGCUCACAAUAAUCGUCCCCACUACCGCACAGUAACUCGACAGCAUCUUACUAUCACACGGCGUCAGGGUAUAAUCACAACACGGCCCUCAGUGCCACUCCGUAUCACCGUCCAAGAGAUAAUGGGACGCUCUCCGUUGCCAGGCGAGACGGAUAUCCUCAUUCCGGUGCCUCGCCUAGAAGAACUUGCUGCUAAGGUCUGGUUUCGGCAAAGAAUUUGA